UGUUCAUAGCAUCUGACAUCAGUUACCACUGGGGAGUUUGUGCAAAGGGUCAACAAGGAUUACAGUGCAUAAGCUGAUUAUUCUGACAAGCGAGGAGUGGCCUCAGUUUGGAUCGAUAAUGGAUUCGGAAUGCAAAUCCGCAGCCUCUCCCACCACUGAGAUGCAAAUCCAUCAUUCCCUUCACCUGCAGCAUCCACUGUCCAUCUACAAUGACUGCAAUGGACUAUCCCUCUUCGAUGAAGAACCAAUCUGCAAGCUCUGCGGCUGCAAGUGCUACGGUCCAUCCCACGGUUGCGUGCAGUGCAAGUUUUUCCUCCAUAAGCUUUGCGCUAGACUGCCCGCAGAGUUCCCGUGCCCUAUCCAUCCCUCCCAAGCUCUGAAGAGGCAUGAUGAGUACCGAGAAUUUGAGUGCGGUUCCUGUUCCUCCACCUCUUUCGGCUUCCCGUACAGAUGUGACUCAUGCGGGUUCAACCUGGAUUUUGGCUGUGUCUUCUUCCAGGAAGUGAACCAGGAUUUGUAUCAAAUAGGCAGGUAUGAUGGAAUCAAGUGCUUGUUUUGUGCCAAUAGCUGCGCCGGCGCUGUCAUUGCUUGCCCAGACAAUGAGUUUUUCCUCCACAAAUCUUGCUAUGCGUUGCCCAAGCAGAUCCAACACCCUUCUCACCCUUUCCAUCCUCUGAGAAAGCUCGAGUAUGCAUUACAAUUCAAGUGCAACGGCUGUCUCCUGGAUCAGGAUAACAGAGCAGCCUACACGUGCAUGGAUCCCAGUUGCAUGUAUUCCCUUGAUUUCGAUUGUGCAUUCCUAUUCGAGGGGUGCCAGCUCCUUCAUCUCGAUGCCCACCCCCAUCUUCUGGCAUCAACUGAGAAAAAACAAGAAGAUAAGCUCUGCUGCGUCGUAUGCCACGAGAGCUGCUCAGGCCCGACCUACAGUUGCCUAAUAUGUAAAUUCCAUCUUCACAUGUCCUGCAUUGCCUUGGAAGAGAUACCAAAUCAUCCAUCACACCCGUUUCAUCGUCUCAUGAGGACGACCGAGCAACGGAAAUUCAAGUGCCAUGCCUGCCUCAAAGAUAACAACAGCAGGCCAUACCGCUGGGAGGACUGUGACUUUGAUCUGGAUUUCGACUGCGCAUUUGUUGUGCCUCAUCAAGAAUUUGAAGGUAAAGAACCCAUUCUCAGUGACAUACACAGGCAUCCUUUGGCACUUUCUGGCCAAAGGAGCAAGAAAGAUGGGAAGGAAGUAAGCUGCAGCGUCUGUGGUGAGCGCUGCUCUUUCCCGACUUAUAGUUGCGGUGUUUGCGGCUUUACUUUCACAAGUCGUGUGCUACUGCAAGUAUACCGAAGGACAUCGAACACCGUCUUUUCCAAGGGCACUCUCUUCAGAUGUCUCUUGGCAAGUUUGAAUGCAGUAUAUGCCUGAAGGACCGAUCUGGAAUUCACUAUGGAUGCUCAGAUC